AUGUCUUACUCCACAUGGAUUAGAAAAGAUAGAUUCACAUCGAGAAAGAGAAUGGUUGUGAUUAAUGGUGAAAGUGAAACAUCUGCCGAUCAACUUCCGUUCGCAAGAAGUUAUCAGAUAGAAGCUCUGGAGCAAGCAAUAAAACAGAACACAAUAGUGUUCUUGGAGACUGGAUCAGGCAAAACAUUAAUUGCUAUUAUGCUUCUACGCCACUAUGCUUACCUGUUGCAAAAACCAUCACCUUUCAUUGCAGUUUUUUUGGUACCCACUGUUGUAUUAGUCAAACAGCAAGCUGAUAGUGUUAGAAAACAUGUUGAUCUGAAAGUGGAAGAAUACUGGGGGGAAAAAGGUGUUGAUCUUUGGAAUGCGGCUGAUUGGAAGAAGCAACAAGAUGAAAACCAGCUACUGGUGAUGACACCUCAAAUUUUACUUAAUGCUUUGAACCGUGGUUUUUUAAGCUUGGAUAACAUCAAGCUUCUGAUAUUUGAUGAAUGUCAUCGUGCAAAGAAAAAAUAUGAGUACGCUCUUAUUAUGAAGGAGUUUUAUCACCCCCGGUUACGCGAUGGUGGUUCUCAGCUUCCUAGGAUACUUGGGAUGACAGCUUCACCUGUGGAAGCUAAAGUGUCAAGCUCACCCAAGGAUUAUUGGGAAAAGAUGAACAAACUUGAGACUAUGUUGAAUUCAAAGGUGUAUACGUGCUCAAGUGAAUCUGUGUUAUCUGACUACAUUCCCGUUUCUACUGUUAAGAUUAAGUUUUACAAAAACAUGGCACCUCCUUACCAUGUUCUUGAGGAGUUAAAAAACACUCUUUCAAUUUUAAGACAAAAGCAUGAAUCAAAAGUCAGUAUAAGUUCAACUCUCUCAGAAUCUUCAAGGCAAAAUGCCAUUAAAAGAUUGUCCAAUUUGUAUUCAACUUUUGAAUUUUGCUUAGACGAAUUGGGCAUUUUCUUGGCUUCAAAGGCAGCCGAAGCAUAUUCAUGCGACAAAAAUGACCUGUUUUUAUGGGGGCAACUGGAUGUACGUGGAGAAAAUAUAUCCAGGGAAUUUUGCAAAGAUGCCAACAAAGUUUUUUGCUCAUACAUACCUAAUGAAUGGUCAAUCACUCAAGUCAACGAAGCAACUGUGAGCAUUGGGUUGCUCUCAACAAAAGUCGUCUGUUUAAUCGAAUCUCUUCUGGAAUACAUGGAUGUGAAGGAAAUGAGAUGUUUAAUCUUUGUUGAAAGGGUGGUAACAGCAAGGGUAUUAAAAAGCUUACUGUGUGAAUUGCACUCUAAACUUUUUGACUGGAAAACAGAAUACGUAGCUGGGAAUAAUGCUCUUAUUCAGUCACAAAGCCGGGGUGUACAAAAUAAAAUAGUGGAAGAGUUCCAUAAAGGAAUGGUAAACAUCAUUGUUGCAACAUCAAUUCUUGAAGAAGGCUUGGAUGUGCAGAAAUGCAAUCUUGUAAUAAGAUUCGAUCCUGCAUCUACUGUUUGCAGUUUUAUUCAGUCUAGAGGUCGUGCUCGAAUGCAGGAUUCUGAUUUUCUUUUAUUGGUUAAAAGUGGGGAUGAUGAUACGUUGAAUAAGGUGAAUAAUUACCUUCGGAGUGGAAAGAUCAUGCGGGAUGAGUCUUUGAGCCAUGCUUCUGAACCAUGUGGGCCCCUUGAAAAAGACUUGUAUGAUGAAGUGGUGUAUCAUGUUGAAUCCACAGGAGCGACUUUAAGAUUGAGUUCGAGUAUUUCCAUGGUUUAUUUCUAUUGUUCCAGGCUACCUUCUGAUGGGUAUUUUAAACCUUACCCAAGAUUCGUGAUUGACAAAGAAUUAAGAACUUGCACUAUCUAUUUUCCUAAAAGCUGCCCACUUCCAAGCGUGAAUGUUUCGGGCCCCACAAAAAUGCUGAAGCAACUUGCAUGUUUUGAAGCAUGUAAGCAGUUGCAUGCAAUGGGCGAACUAACGGACAAUCUUAUCCCUGAUACAUUUAAAAAAUCAGCUGAUGAUGAACAAGAAACCGGAAUUAAGUAUGUCGAAGAACAAGUUCAAUACAUACCACCAGAGCUUGUUGGAUUUGGAGAUAAUUCAACUAACUUAUAUUAUUUUUACAAAAUCAAUUUAGAAAAACAUUUUGAAUAUGAGAUUCCACUAGAAGAUAUUGUUCUUGCAGUAAGCACAAAGUUAGAGUUUGACAAUGAAGGGUUGACCUUUGAUCUUGAAUCCCAUAGAGGAGACAUUUCUGUUUCUUUGACUUAUAUUGGAACGUGUAAGCUUACUUCUGAACAGGUAACUUUAACGAAUCAGUUCCAAAUGUUGGUGUUGACACUACUUAUUCACCGGUCAAUUCCGAAGUUGAAAACGUGUGUUGAUUCGUUUAAAUUAAAAAACGUUGCUGACAUGGUAUAUGACUACCUGUUACUCCCGUCAGCGGGCCCACAUAAAGCUCCAAUGAUUGUGGAGUGGAAGGCUGUUAAGGCUGCUAUGUUCUCCUAUGAAAGAGGUGUAGGCGAACAUAUGUGUUGUCUAAAGGGAAAUAAUCAUGAAAAAGUGCACAUAAAAAGUGGAUUAGUAUGUAGUUGUUUAGUGGAAAAUUCUUUAGUGUAUACCCCUCAUAAUGGGCGCAUAUAUUGCACUACUGAAAGAUUACUUGGUUUGAAUGGCAAUUCGACCUUGGAAAUAAAAGAAGGGGAAGUUGUUACCUAUAAAAAUCACUACAAAAGACGACAUGGAGUUGACUUGAUGUUCGAAAAAGAACCGCUUUUUGCUGCUAGACAACUUUUUACAGUUCAAAAUUUUCUUCAAAAUGGGAGACAACAGAAGGAAAAAGAAACAAGUAAUGCAGGAGUUGCGCUGCCAUCUGAACUAUGUGACAUCAUCUUGUCUCCUGUUUCUAUAAGCACCAUUUAUUCUUUCUCCUUUGUUCCAUCAAUCAUGCACAGGAUCGAGUCGUGGAUGAUUGCUUUGAAUUUGAAAAAGAUGCAUUUAUUUCAUAGCAUGCCAAAUGCAGAUGUUCCUGUCAUUAAGGUUUUGGAAGCUAUCACAACAAAGAAAUGUGUAGAAAAGUUUCAUCUGGAAUCCUUUGAGACUCUAGGCGAUUCUUUUCUUAAGUAUGCUACUACUCAACAAUUGUUUAAGACACUUCAAGAUCAACACGAGGGAAUUUUGAGUUCAAGAAGAGAGAAAAUUAUAUCGAAUGACUCGUUAUGCAGAUUGGGAUGUAACUGUAAUCUUCCGGGGUUUAUCCGUAAUGAGCCAUUCGAGCCAAAAACAUGGAUUGUCCCCGGAGAUCGUUCAAGCAACUUUAAAUUGGAGGAAGAGAUUCUAUCGGACGAGAAAAAAAUGUAUAUCAGGGGCAAAAGGGUAAUAAAAAGGAAAGUAGUGGCGGAUGUUGUGGAAGCAUUAAUUGGUGUUUUUUUAAGUGAAGGAGGUGAGAUGGCAGCCUUAUCUUUUAUGAGAUGGAUCGGUAUUUCGGUUGACUUUGUGAACACACCGUAUACACGAGCCUCGACUUUGCAUCCAGAAAAAUAUGUAAACAUUCAGUACUUUGAGUCGUUGCUAAAUUACUCGUUUAGAGACGUUUCUUUACUUGUUGAAGCACUAACUCAUGGGUCUUACAUGCUACCCGAGAUUCCAAAAUGUUACCAGCGUUUGGAGUUUCUUGGGGAUGCAGUGUUGGAUUAUAUGAUCACAGUGUAUUUGUACAAUAAAUAUCCGGGAAUGUCUCCUGGAAUGUUGACUAAUAUGAGGUCAGCUUCUGUCAAUAAUGAUUGUUAUGCACAAUCUGCGGUAAAAUAUGAUCUACACAAACAUAUUCUUCAUGGAUCUCAAGAUCUUCACCGAGCUAUUGUCACAACUGUUCAUGCAUUUGAUCAGUUGUCCAUGAAAAGUACUUUCGGGUGGGAGUUUGAGACCUCAUUUCCUAAGGUACUUGGAGAUGUAAUAGAAUCUAUAGCCGGGGCGAUUCUUGUAGAUUCUGGAUACGAUAAAGAUAAAGUUUUUCAGAGUAUUAGGCCUCUUCUGGAUCCCUUAGUCACACCCGAGACACUAAAACUGCAUCCAGUGAAGGAGUUGCAUGAUAUUUGUCAAAAAAAUCACUUUGAAAUGAAAAAGUCAGCUAAGCAUGGUACUACCGAUGAUGAUACCAUCUCUUUCACUAUAGAGAUAGUAAAAGACAAUAUUGUCCUUAAAGAUUCUUGCAUGGCUGCUGACAAGAAAAUGGCCGAAAGACUUGCGUCAAAGUCUGUUUUGAAGUUGCUUAAAGAGUAUAUGUUAGCCGCAUGAUAACAUUUUUUUGUUGAAGUUGUUUUCGAGGGGUGUGGGCUUGAAUGUUUUUAGAGAUGUUAG